AUGUCGGAUAUGAAACGAGCUGAUAACUGGGUGGACGGUCUUCGAGGCAUCGCCGCCUUGACCGUCGUAACAUAUCACCUUUGCUCGUGCUUUGCAAAUUGGCUCAAUUCACCCGCAGUCGAGAAAAAUGGCCCGGUCUCCAUUUUCCAAUACCCAUUUAUUCGAAUCAUCGUCGGUGGUCGCAUGGCUGUGGCACUUUUCUUCCUAAUUACUGGAUACGUGAACUCUUUCAGCACGAGGAAACAUAUCCGUAAUGGAGAUGCCAGUUUUGCGCUACUGAACUUGUCUAAGAGUACCUUUAUUCGAACUGGCAGGCUUGUUGCUCCUACAAAUGCUGCCCUAUUCGUGGGUUGGGUUGUUUGUCAACUACAUGGAUAUAAAUUGGCAGCUCAAACAGACUCAUUUUGGAUCAGAGUGGGUGCAGUGCCACCGGGGCCUACCUUUGGGGGAGCAGUACGUGGCCUUCUUCAAAACCUGACAUUAUUCUGGCACGGAGGCGUGGGAAUAUAUGACCACACUUACUGGACUAUCCCAUUCUUUUUGAAAGGGUCUAUGCUGGUUUAUAUUACCCUUUUGGGUACCACUCUGACUCACCCGCGAUAUACUAAACUGAUCAUCAUUUUCCUCUACCUGUUUGCCUGGUCAGGUGGCCAAGCUCUCAUGGAGUUAAACGUGUAUGCGGGAAUGCUCUUGGCUGAGUUGAAUGCAGACUACGGCCCACGAGCAACGUCUAUGCUCUCAAGGCCAAUCUCGGCGCUCAUGAUUCUAGUCGGGCUGUUCCUUGCAUCUUUCCCUGAGGAACAUGCAGAUUGGAUGCCAUGGAGCAACUUCGUCAACUCCGUUGCAGGCUUGCUUGUCCCCAGUGGCGGCGAAAUAAACCGCUAUGUGAUAUCUGUUGGAACUGCAUUUAUCGCUUUUGGAGCGUUCUUCUCUCGCGAUGCCCGCCAUAUCCUAUCUCUUCCGGUGAUGAACUUCUUGGGACGGAUAUCAUUCCCCAUUUAUUUGAUCCACAACACACUCAUUCGCACAAUUCUCUCUUGGAUGAUUUACCGAGACUCGGCGGUGAAAGAAGGACUGCAUCCAGUGGAUAUGCAAGGAAAGCCAAAAUACCUCGAGCGAGGAAGUGCCAUGGCAUUUGUCAUUGCCAUACCCUUGUUCUACGGAAUACUCAUAUAUACCUCCUAUCUGUGGACUAUUUAUGUGGACCCCGCAUGUGGAAGGGCCGUUUCUUGGCUCUCAAAGAAAGCCUUCGGAGAGCUCGAUGGUUCUGGUUUGACAAAAGAAGAGGCGCUGAAGGGCAUUUUGAAGACCUAA